AUGGUAAGACGUUUCUUCGAAUCAAGGAGUAGUAAGUCUAAGGCUGGUUCAAAAGAUAAAAAGGUCGAAGAAUCUACUUUGGCGGAUGAUUUUGUUGAAAUUUUGGACCUGAAUGUUGGAAGUUCUAAGCCUCCAGACCCAAAACCGUCUGAUCCUAAACCAGAGAAAGUAGGAAGUGAGUCAGAUUUGCUUAUAUUUACCCAAGAUUCAACUUUUAAAGAACCCCUAAAGGAGAUCGCAAUUGAUGCAGUUCCAAUGGACUUUACUGAUACCACCCCUCAGUCAGUAACUGACACAGAUAAACUAACAUCAACCUCAUUUGACUCCAAAGUAACACUAAGUGCUGAACAGUCUGAUGAACUUGAUUCACUGGAUUACUUGGACUUUGAAUCUGCUGCUUUUGAAGAACAUAAAAAUAGAGAACGACUUGAUUCUUUUUCAGAAAAUGAUUCACUUCCUGGCUUUCCACCUUCAGAAACUAAGCUUAUUCCUGAGCCAGAAGACACAGAUAAAACAGAUUUAACUAAGGAAGAGUUUAAAGAGACAGAGUUUACCAAAUUUUAUGAUAAUUUGUAUUCAACAGAACUUCACGGGGACACUAUAGUGGGCGCUUUUAUCAUUAGUCACAGGGAUUCAAAGAGUGAAUACCUUUUUUCAUACCCUCCAAUAUUGAAUCCGAAUCAGAAACAUGAUACCAAGUCACUUAAAGUUCAAUACAAAACGGAGUCCUAUACUGCAAAUAGGGAUACUGAUUCUGAACUACAGUCAUGUUUACAUUUAUUGCCAGAGUUAGCGUUAGGAGCGAAGAAGAGUAAUUCUCUAGUCGAUUUUGUCCAUUUCGUGCUUCCAACAGCAGCUACUAAUGUUCUUUAUGGAACAAGCUAUGUAAUCCAAUUAGCAGAAGAAAUACAAUUAAAAAAUGGAGAACCUGAAAAAAAUUUAUCAGAAUCACUAGAACCAACUGAAACAACGGAACAAACUGAACCAACUGGUAAUGAAAAUGAAAAUGAAAAUGAAGUGAAAGAGAAAAAUGAAGAACCAGUUUUAGUUGAUACGGGUUCUGAUGAACCACCAAAGCCAAUUGUUAAGAAAACUAGUUCUCAGUCACCUAAUGGCCAAUUUGUUGCUAUAUGUCUGGUAUAUAAAGUGCCAUUCUUCGGACUAAUAGGAUCAAGACUAGAAUACUUAGCUCAAGCUUAUUUUGAUAAUAAGAACUUUUAUGAUCACUCUCUGUUAUUAUCAUUUGUGGAGCAUGUGAACAGGAAUGAUAAAGUCGAGGAUUGGAGUUACGAAUCUUUGUUCUUUAAUUUGGAGUAUCACUUUAAGCCCUUUUCACUAUGUUUAUCAUACAGGGCAUUGUUGUUUUUGUUAAAGUCUGUUCUGACAGAGCAGAGAAUUAUGAUAUAUUCAGAAUGCGCAGCUAGGACAAGCACUUGUAUACUGUCACUAUUAACUAUGAUCCCGUGUGCAAGUUCACUGAAUUUUAACUCUAAGGCAUUUGGAUCACUUUGGUUUAACUGGAAAAAGUAUGGAUUCCCACUGGACCUUUUCAGAUCAGAUAACCCAAUUUAUCCAUACUUUACAGAAUCAAUGCCUCCGUUACUGAAUAAGAUGUCGGGAUACUUGAUUGGAGUUAGUGAUUUGAAGAUUCUGAAUAAGCUUAGUAACCCGCCGACAUUGAUUUUUGACUUGGAAGAGGAGAUAAUUAGACUGAGAACUAGAGAACUUUUGGGUUACUAUUCCCCUUCAUUCUAUGAAAUAAGCUUCUUUGACGAUUUCGAGCUAUUGGAUGAACUUGAAAUUGAUGAUGAGCCUUUGAAAAUGGUCAUGGACACCAGUGAGAACAUAUUCCAUUUUGUGGGAGAUUAUCUAUCGCGAGCUCCUUCAACUAUCAUAGAACUGGGCGGAAAGGCGAGUAAGAUAUACCACAUGGGAAGGAGACUGGGAAUGAGAAGGCACAAGGAGAGUUAUUUGCGUCUAUUUGAUAUAUAUUUUCCUGGAGCACUGCCUAAAUUUCUUAGGUUCUCGAAAAAAAAGUCAAAAUCCAAAAAGAAAAAAGAAAAAGAGCCCGAAAAAACUGGAGAAACCGAGGGAAAAGAUGAAGAUGUUGAGAAGGAUGAUUCAAAGGAGGAAAGGGAUGAUGAUGUGGAUAAAACUGAAGACACUGGGGAACCUGUUGAAAAGGCUGAUACCAUAGAAAGGGAUCAGGACCUGGAAAAAACGGUAGAAACUGUAGGAAAUCAAGAAGACCUAGUUAAAAUGGAACAAAAUGAUGAAGAAGAGGAAGAAAAAAUGGCUCAAAGUGAUGGUGAGCUAGAUAAGCCCGGACAACCUGAUGGUGAUAAGGAAGAUGUGGAUAAAUUUUCAGAUGUUGGUGAGAAUGAUGUGGUGGGAGCACAAGAUAGAGCAUCGGAAUAUAAAAAGGUUAAAGGGUUUGAUCCGCUUGGAGAGUUAAAAGCUCAAUGGGAUGAGUUAACAAAGAUAGUUGAUGACGAUCCUAACCCUUCACAAGUAGUGAAAGAAGAAGAGGAAGUGAGUUCAGUAGAAGAAAAUCCAACCUUUACAUUCGAUGUAAUGUUUGAGAAGAUGAUGAAGAGGAGUACUAAGUAUACAUAUUUAGGAUAUGUUCAGUAUUUACAGUAUGAGGAUGUGAAGGACCGAAAUAAGGAAAUAGAAUAUGCAAUUUUAACGAGAAUUCAACCCUUGAGAGACUUUUUACUCAAAUUUCUCAAAUCAUUCGCGUACGCAGGAGGGAAAGGAAGACGACCAUAUCAUCUGGUAAUGGACUUUUUUUUCGAAUUAGACUCUGUUAUUGAUUUUAAUAACCCAGUUGACGGUGUGUAUAUUGUUAGAGGAGAUAAGUAUUUGAGAGGCUCUAUGCAGGAAUUACCAGAUUCUGAUGUUGAGGAUCAUCAACCUAUAGAUGACGCACAGAGAAAAUCGUAUAUAAUGGAAGGAGAUCAGGAAGUAAAGAUUAAACUCCCAUCGAUCCUUGCCACACAUAUUGUGGAGAUCCAGAACAACUAUUCUCUAGACUUUGUAGAACUAUGGAUACAAACACACAAUUUUAAGGAUUUUUAUAUGAACCAUAACCUAGAAGUUUUCAAUGAACCUGUGUUCUACCUUAGCCAAAACGUAGCUAAAUAUACAUAUCCCAACGGAGAUUUCUACGUUGGAGAACUUGUAGACAUGCUCAGAGAUGGGAAAGGAUCAUACGUUUCCAAAGACGGUUCUAGAUAUGAUGGGGGAUGGUUACGUGAUAAAAGACAUGGAAAAGGAACUUUAAUAACAAAUGAUAUCAAAUACACCGGAGACUGGUUAAAUGAUAAGAAACAUGGAUUUGGAAGAUUAGAAACGAGAACAUAUACAUAUGUGGGAGAUUUCAGACAUAACAGAUGCCAUGGCAAUGGAACAAUGUCGUAUAAAAAUGGAGUGAAACAAAAGGGUGAAUUUAAGCAUGGAAAGUUCGAAGGGAAAGGGAUGAUGACGAUGCCAGACGGAUCAGUAAGGAUGGGGAAUUUUAAGAACGGAGUGAUAUUUGGAGUAUGCUCAGUGAUAGAUAAGACAGGAAGAGUGUAUGUGGGACAAUUACAUGGAGACUUGUUCCAUGGAAAAGGCAUUUUGAAGUAUAAUAAAAGCACAUCAUUUGAAGGAUACUGGGUUAAAGGAAGAAGAGUUAACCAGGGUAUGAUAAACACCAUAAUAUCCGGGUCACCCUUGAGAGUUGAAGCUGUGUGGCAAGAUGAUAACAUGUUGAUGAAUGAGGUAUCAAUUAAAUUCCCUAACGGAUUCAAGUAUAACGGAAGCUUGAGGUUUUAUCCACACCAAACCUUAGAUAUGAAUGAGCUUAAGGACGAUUUGGAGUUUAUGAAGUUAGACCCCAUGAUCAAUGAAGAAGAUUUGAAGCUAUUUGCACAAGAGUUUGAUAAACUCGAUAAUAAGCUGUUACCUCAUGGACCUGGAAUAUAUAAGGACACUAAAGGAGAAGUGUAUAAUGGGUUAUUCUUUUAUGGUUCUAAGCACGGAAAUAUGUCACAAGUGUUUCCAAACGGAAUUAUAUACACAGGGCAGUAUCACUUGGGAAGAUUGCAUGGAAGAGGAACAUUCCAGUUGUUGACGAAAAGAACACUAGAAGUUAAGUUCAAUAGAGGAAAUCUAGAAACUGAUUUGGAUGCACAAGAUCAUUCAUACAUAAAACAAUUCUUGGAACAGGAUUAUCCAACAUUCGUGGAGGAAUUUGUAAAGUAUAAAUUAGACUCUUUGUUAGAUGUAAUGAGAAGAUCAAACAUACUAGGAGUUAAUAUGUAAUUUCUAUUAUUACAUUUAAAUUAAGAAUUAUCUUAAGAAUUCCAUUGAGAAUUGUACGGUUUGGAUAUAAAGUUGAUGUUAUAUUCUUUUAACUCCAAUUCUGCACAAAAUCGAAGCCUCUAAUCCCCCAGGGAGUCUAAGCUCUUCUUGUGUAAUUUUAAAUUCCUG